GGCAGCAGAGGAGAGGGUUGCAGCUCGAAGUUUGGGCUCGAGUUUGCGCAACUUCUGCUAUAUUAGCCGGCGGCCGUGGAAGAGUUGAGACACUCGAAGCCGAACUUCGAUGAUCGCCAGACGGCCGUGCUAGACAGUCGAUCGAGGACGAGAUUUCCGUGUUCCGCUGUGCUCAACAAACUGUGCUGUGACAAAAAACAAACCAAAAAUCUUCAAGAUCGAGGCCAAAUCUUAAGAAUUUUUUAAAACGAAACGAGAGAGAUCUUAGUUCAGUGCUGUGUUUGACUAGAAAAAUAAAUAAAUAAAAGUGCUUUGCCAAAAUGUCCAAUCAAAUGGAGUUUAUAAUGCAACUUUAUAUGAUGAACUUGCUUCAGCAGCAGCAGCAGCAACAGCAGCAGCAACAUCAGCAGCAGUUGCAGCUACAGCAGCCCCAACAACAGCUGGCUGGAUACACCUAUACACAGAACGAGGACAUCUCCAGCAGCACAUGCCUGCAACAGCAGCAGCAACAUGAACAGCAACAGCAACACCAACAGCAGCAACAGCAGCAGCUCGAACCUCUCAAGACACGAACGCACAAACGCAUUAGCUCGCAAAACACGACCUGUAGUACUCUUAGUAGCCGUAGUUGUAGUCCCAAUAGUAAUUUGAUUGCUCUUCAACAACAACCAUUUGCCCAUGCUGCCGCGUCCACGCCCCCAGCAACUAACCACUUUGUUGGCCAGAUGUUGCUCAACACAUUGCCCCCCCUGACGCAGUUCAUGCUGCAGCAGCAACAACAACAGCAGCAGCAGCAGCAUCAGCAACAGCAACAGCAGCAACACUUGUUGGCAACAUCGAACCUCCUACUAACACCCACCCACACGCCCAGCUCCCUGAAGCAGGAGCAGCUGCAACAAAACAUGAUGCUGGGCCAGUUCUCAAACGCAGUAAAUGUCGAACAGCUUACCACAAAUAAUUUUUUGCAAUCCUCCACAGUGACAUCAACGCCAAUCGAGAACGCAGCGCAACAUGCUGCCGACGCAGCCAUCACUCCAGCAGCAACAUCUGCAGUGGCUCAGGGGGCGCAUGUUGCCAGCAGCCUUUCGGCCGUCACAGUCAAAUUUGAGCAGGAUUUCGACGAUGAAGAUGAAGAUGAUGAUGAUGAUGUUGACGAUGACGAUGACAAGCCGCUGUCCAGCCUGAACAGCUGCAGCUCCUCGGGGCUGGUCAGCACCAAUGCCAGCUCCGAGAAGCUGCUGGUGAUGUCCGGCGUGCAACCGUUGGAGUCGACGAUAGACAGCGUUGACUCCCCCAGCAUGUACACUCCCGUCAAGCAGCCGGCGGACUCAUCGUACAACAUCACGCCCCUCGACAGCGAGCUCACUCCCAACACCCCCAUAGCCCAGACCCAGACCAACUCCCUCCUGACGCCGCCCUCCAGCGGGCAAAGCAAGAGCAUUGUCAGCCUGUCGACGGCGAGCAGCCUGGACGCGUUCCUGCAGAGCGAGGAUAGCUUGAAGAACCUGCGAAAGGUGUCCUCGUAUCUGGAGUGCGAGAACAGCCUGUGCCGGCAGGAGAACUUUCGCGAGCAUUUCCACUGCCACGACGAGCCCUGCCAGGGCAAGAUCUUGAGCAAGAAGGACGAUAUCAUCCGGCACCUUAAGUGGCACAAAAAGCGCAAGGAGAGCCUCAAGCUGGGCUUUGCCCGCUUUUCCUCGGCGGACGACUGUGCCCCGACCUACGGCAAGGGCUGUGCCUACAACUGGAAGCAGACCCACUACCACUGCAUCUACGAGCACUGCCCCAAGGUGUAUGUGAGCACCAGCGACGUCCAGAUGCACGCCAACUUCCAUCGCAAGGACUCCGAGAUAGUCAACGAGGGCUUCCGACGCUUUCGAGCCCACGAAAACUGUCGCAUUGAGGACUGCCCCUUCUUCGGCAGGAAGAUAUCGCACUAUCAUUGUUGUCGCGAGGGCUGCAACCACACAUUCAAGAACAAGGCUGAUAUGGACAAACACAAGACCUAUCACCUGAAGGACCAUCAGUUGAAGAUGGAUGGCUUCAAGAAGAUCCUGAAGACGGAGGCCUGUCCCUUCGAGGCUUGCAAGUUCUCCACAGUUUGCAACCACAUCCACUGCGUCCGCGAGGGCUGUGACUACAUCCUGCACUCCAGCAGCCAGAUGAUCAGCCACAAGCGAAAGCACGAUCGGCAGGACGGUGAGCAGGCUUACCAGCAGUUCAAGAGCAAGCAGGAAGUGGAGGAGUCCUCGCUGGAAUCCGCGCCACAGCCAACCGCCAGCGCCACUCAGCCCCCGAUCAGUGCCUCCAGCAGCAGCAACACCUCCACCCCUCUCUCCUCUCUCUCCGCCGAGCACUUCCUGGCCCGCAAGCGCGGCAGGCCACCCAAGAAAAUUCAACUGCCCGCCGAUGCUCAGCCACCAGAGGCGAAACGUCUCAAAGUCGAGGAUGAUUCCAGCAAUCAGACCCUGCAACAAUCCGUUCCUCAAUCUUCUAUCAACCCACUCGCCAAUGGACUGUUUCCCGGCCUCCUGCCAAACUUCAAUGUUGGUGCCACCGCUGCCGCUGCAACUGGGGCAGAUGCCAUGGCGCCAAACUUCCAACUGACCCAUUUGAUGGCCCUCUUCCAGCUACAGAAUCCCCUCUUGUACCAAAACCUCUAUCCCGGCCUGCCACAGAACACCUCCAUGCUGGGAAACUUGGCUGCCUUCAGUGCGGCCUCGGCAGCGGCGGCGGCGGCGGCAGCAGCAGCCUCCGGGGGGCAGCAGCCCAAGGCGGAAUUUAGCGUUAAGCCAGAGUUGAAGGAGUAGGUCCGUGAUCCUGCCCAGAAUUUCUUGGGGUAGUUUCUGUAUAUAUGUAUGUGUGAUAGUUUGACCCACUGACGUUGACGAUUCGAUGGACAGCAGCCAGGCGCGCGCUUUAAGCAGGUCCCUCCUCCUCUUCUUCUGACGAUUUCGGGGUCAGCCAGCGCUGAGGCAGGACCGCAACGGACUUUACGUUCCUUUACUCCACAAAAGCAAACUCCGCUGCACUCUGAUGAGAUUCGCGAUGCUCGUCAGAGUGCUGUUGAAUUUGCUUUUUCAAAACAGUUUUAUCUUAAUGUUGAUAUUUUUUAAAAUACGCGUAUUCUUCCCUUAGCCUAGUUUCAUCAAGUGCUACGUUAAUUUAAAAAAUUUUCAGCCAUCCUUAAUAAAAAACGAAAUUCUUGAAUUUUAGUUUGACUAAAAACUGUGAUGUUUUCAUUAGAUCUGACCCACUUGCUUGCUAGUUAGUUAGAAUGCUGAAAUGGCCUGACUUAGGAGAUUUAUUUGUCAAUAAAUGUAUGUGAUAUACCUACCAAUAAAAUAAUACAAAUUGUUUAGACUUUAUCCAUUAAGAUAUUGAUAAAAUAAAAAUGUAAAGCCCAA